AUGACAGCAGUGUUUUGUCACUGCAUGGAUGAGUGCAGCAUCAUGGUAGAAGAAACGGGAGGAGGAAGCGGCUGCGCUCACCGACUCGACUCCGCCAACAGGGAUGCAGCGAGGGCGCAGCGCAGCCUGAAAAUGGCACCGCCACGCGUACUGUGGAUCUAUCCAUCCAUCUCUCUCCUGUGGUCCCUGCUCCUUUUCCACGCGUUGUCACCGUGCAGAGCCUUACGGAAUUACCCGGACAAUGAAGUUACUCUGCUGGACUCCAUGUCUGCUUUGGCCGACCUCGGCUGGGAGGCUUACCCAAACGAAGGGUGGGAGGAGAUUAGUGUGAUGGAUGAGAGGAACACCCCGAUGAGGACCUACCAGGUGUGCAAUGUAAUGGAAGCCAAUCAAAACAACUGGCUGCGGACUCGGCACAUCAGUCGGGAAGGAGCACAGCGUGUCUACAUUGAGAUCAAGUUCACCCUAAGAGACUGUAACAGCUUGCCGGGGGUGCCCGGCACCUGCAAAGAGACUUUCAACAUGUUCUACUAUGAGUCCAACAAUGCCAAUCUUUGGUUCAUCAAGGAGAGCCAAUACGUCAAGAUUGACACUAUUGCUGCAGAUGAGAGUUUUACACAGGUGGAUGUCGGGGACCGUGUCAUGAAGCUGAACACGGAGGUGCGAGACAUCAGCAAUUUGAGUAAAAAGGGUUUCUACCUGGCCUUCCAGGACCUGGGCGCCUGUAUCGCUCUGGUGUCAGUCAGGGUCUUCUACAAGAAAUGUCCCCUGACUGUGCUUAACUUGGCUCAGUUCCCCGACACAAUAACAGGGGGAGACACAGCACUGGUUGAGGUCCACGGUGCGUGUGUGAAUGCCUCGGAGGAGUUCGAAGCUCCCAAGAUGUACUGCAGCGCAGAUGGAGGCUGGCUGGUUCCCAUUGGGAGGUGUGUGUGCAAACCUGGCUUCGAGGAGAACAAGGACGUCUGCCAACGUGAGUUGAGAGGGCCUGCUACAGUUACAGAAUAA